UAGCUAACCGAAGCAUGAACAGAAACGCAAACGUUCCAAUAUAUGGAAAUUAACAGUAGGGACUGAACCCAACUUGGUCUUACUACCCCGCGUUUUCCUCGGUUUUAAUUGAAGUCGUUAAGUUGUAAAUGAUGUUCGACCAGCCGAAUGAAGCCACCUUACCAGCCUCAAGAAUGAAACAUGGGACUGCGUUGCUGUGGAAACGACGGUAACUUGUUUCGUUACCUCGGUUAACCUAGCAUAACUACCUGAGAGAAGCUAGGAAACAUAAACACAUUAGCUUCCUUUGACUGGUUGGUUUUUUCACGUUGCUGCAUGUAUAUGAUGUUACCAUUUCACCACAUGUCCACCACUGUCGGGCCAUUGUUCAUUUGGAGUCAUUCUUAAACCAGUCAGCCCUCAGUGGUUUGCUGCAGACAGACUGGUCUGUUCAUUGUGUGUACUUGACUUAACCAGGUCUAACCCUAUGAUGAUGCUCCAGGAUGGCUCAGUGCAGCUCCUCUGUCUCACUGCUAAUAGCGGAGUUCCUCUUUUCACAAGGGGAGGCUCCAGACAGCUGCCCUUCUCUGUCAUCGGUUCUUUAAACGGUGUUCACAUGUUUGGAGGUGGUCAGGGAGUCUUGUUGUCCUGCUGUGAAACAGAAGGAGGAGGGAAAAUAGUGUGGAGAGUUUUCCAGGACAGUGUGAUGCUCAUCGCUGUGAGUGGAGGCCAUCACUCUGGUGCUGGACAUGGUGGUUCAGGCAGCAGUAAAGAGGAGGAAGUCCGUUUGCAGCGGCUGCUGGAGAAUGUGUGGAACUGCAUGGUGCUGGUGUUGGGACAGGAUGAGCUGGUGAAUGUGAGGAAUGUGGAGCGGCUAAAGAGGGACCUGCGCUCCUGCUUUAGCCUCAUUGAUCAUCUACUAGAGGAAAGGCAAGACGGUAUCUUAGGUAAUCUGACACAUUGUGCUGACUCCUUGCUGCCCCCCAACCCUGCCCUUCUUCAAGAAGCUGUUGAUGGCUUUGCUCAGGCUGCUGACAGUGAAUUUGGUUGCCUUGUUGUACAUGGGCGAAUAGCUGCAGCAACUGAAAAGUGGUGGCGUCUAGCACCACAAGAAGUGGUGCUUCUCUCUGCUUUAAUGCAGAACCUCUCUGCCUCUGGAUCAGCUUCUUGUGACUACCCAGUUUUCCUCCCCCAAGGAAGUCCUACUGUGGCCCACCGCCUGCUCCGCUUCCAGCUACUCCCUGGGGUUGAUGUGUGUGUGCUGUGUGGCCCCACACCUUCUCUGCACAGUGCUGAGAGUGGGCUGGUAGGCCGUUUCUGGUCACCGCUGGUGGAUACCCUGAGAGACUGUCUGUCUGUAGGAGAGCGCUGUUUACCAGGAUCUGUAACCCUGCGCCCUGAUGUGCUGGCCUUACUUCUCAUCAACCGUGAAAGUCGUCGUUCUGUCUCCUGUGUCCGAACUCUCACUAAUCAUCCCUCCAGUGACUCUCCUCAUCCCUCCAAAGCUCGCUGCUGGGAGCUCCUGAAGCUCUUCUACAUGUUUUGCACUACACGGUAUUUCCGCCAGGAGGAAGCACUGUGUGUCUCCCCAGAGGAAAAAGGUCAGAGAGGCAACACCGAAGACUUUGUCCUUGGAUUCCCCCAUCAGCCUCUGCAGUGCUAUUUAGUUACAGAGGAGUGCAAAUGCUAUGGACUGCAGACAGUUCAGCAUCAACUCUUCCUGCUUGUCCCACUACCGGUUCCUACAUUUGCAUUGCGCAGUGUUGCCACACAAACUCUUUCUGAUAUAGUUUCAUCCACUGGGUUUUAAAUUAAAAUUUACCCAAUAUAUGUGCUUAAUAAUCUGUUAAUUCCCUUGAUGUGUGUUUAUCUCUGGCAUUUGAUUUUCCCUGCAUACACAAUGUGUUGACAAACUGAUGUAAAAGCAUAAAAAAAAUCAUCUUUCACAUGCACAUGUUUUGUGAUUAAAUGUUUAAAAAACAAUUACUGCACAAAAAUGGACAAAGAAAACAUUGUCACUUUUAAUGGACUUAGUAGAUACUCUCAGGAAGCAUAAAGAAUUUCAGUUAUGUUACUCCUACUGGAACUGCUCAGAGUUAUAAUUUUCAUUUGAGAGAUAAGUUGUUGUUACACUGUUGUCUCUAACCUCACUGUUCUCAAGAUUGUGCCUCUCACCGCAGUGAAAAAUGUUUACACCUUAGUCCAAACACUCUUUGUUUACUGAUUCAUUGUCACUGGAACUGUACUGUAGUGAUUCAUAAAACAUUUUGAAAAAUCAUAAAGAUUA